AUGUCUUCUAAGCCUAUGGACCUGGUGUGCUUCCUCUACAUGCAAGAACACUUGGCGCGUGUGUCCCGGGUCAUCAAGAGCCCGGGUGGCAACGCCCUGCUGGUGGGUGUAGGUGGGUCUGGCCGUCAGAGCUGCACACGACUGGCCUGCUACAUGGCAGACUUCUCGGUCUUCCAAAUCGAGAUCACCAAGGGCUACGACAUGGUUGCCUUCCGGGAGGACAUGAAGAAGAUGCUCACCAAGGCUGGUGGAAGCGAGGAGCACACGGUCUUCCUCUUCAGUGACACCCAGAUCAAGGAUGAAGGCUUCGUGGAGGAUGUGAACAACUUGCUGAACACCGGCGAGAUCCCAAACCUCUUCCCGGCUGAGGAGCUCGCCGGGUAG